AUGGGACCAUUUCCCAUGUCUUUCAACAAUCAAUAUAUCCUUGUUGCUGUAGACUAUGUCUCAAAAUGGAUCGAAGCGGUAGUAUUUCCUACUAAUGAUGCUAAAGUAGUGCUCAAGUUCUUGAAGAACCAUAUUUUCACCCGCUUUGGAGCACCAAGAGCCAUUGUGAGUGAUGGUGGUACUCAUUUUUGCAACAAUCAAUUUCAAUCUCUCUUGAAGAAAUAUGGUGUCAAGUACAAGGUUGCACUUGCCUACCAUCCACAAACUAAUGAGCAAGCUGAGAUUUCUAAUCAAGAAAUUAAGAAGAUACUUGAAAAGACGGUAGGAGUGUUACAGCUCAGUGAUUUAAGAACAAUGGCAGCUGAAGUGGAUAGGAAAUCCAGAGGUAGGGGCGACAAGGAAUUCAACAUGUUUAAACAACCAGUAAUGGGUAAGAAAAGUGUCCCUCUUUCAAAAAAAGCUAAGGUCAUUGAGGUUGGUGAAAGUUCCAAGGGAUCGGGAUGGGAUAAAACCUGA